AUGUCAAAUACAACAGAAUUAGUGCGCGUGCGUGAGAAAUUGUAUCUAGCACUCUGGCACAUUUCCAUAACCCAAGAAAUGGAAGUAUAGCAGCGAAAGGUUUAAGCAAAUAAAGUGUAUGGAAUCUAUUCUACAUAGGAGAUGUUAAUGAGCUUUUUUACAUGUUUUAUAUUAUUAAGUUGAGAAGGUGUAGAAAUGUCACGUUCAAAAUCUGAAAAGAUUGGAAAUGGUGGUAAAUGCGAACUGAGUGUAUGGACACGUGCAAUAACAGCGAACUCCGAAUGGCCAGAUAAAGAAGAAUUUCUUGAUGUUAUAUACUGGGCCAAACAAGCAAUUGGUAUUAUAGUUGGUAUAGGAUGGGGUCUUAUACCUUUAAAAGGUUUCAUAGCUCUAUUAUUAUUUGUAUUAGUUAACGCAGGUGUCACGUAUCUGUAUUUUAGCAAUUUUCAACAAAUUGAUGAGGAAGAAUUUGGUGGUAUAUGGGAAUUAAUCAAAGAAGGUUUCAUGACAUCAUUUGCUGGUUUUUUGGUAAUUCAAAGUUAUCCAAUAUUAUUUAUUUUAGUGUCCUUAUCUUCUAAGUUUAUAAUAAAAUUUUUUUCCAUAGGUCACUUGGAUCAUUAUAUAUUCAGGGUUACAUUUUGAUUGA